AUGUCCGAACCUGAACCCCUCCUCAGCGAGCUCUGCACCAUCUGCCACAUCACCCCCCCAAAAUACCGCUGCCCCCGCUGCUCCAUCCGCACCUGCUCGCUCGCCUGCACGCGCCGCCACAAGAACUGGUCGCAAUGCUCCGGCGUACGCGAUCCCGCAGCGUACGCGCCGCGCGCCCAGCUCGAGACUACAGGUGCGCUGGAUCGCGAUUUUAAUUUUAUCACGGGGAUUGAGCGUGGACUGGAGCGUGCCGAGAGGGAGGCGCGCGCGAGAGGGUUUGAGUUGGAGCAUGGGUAUAUGCUGGAUCCGAAAGUUGCAAGCAACAAUAAAAGAAAGAGAGGAGGAAAUUACUCAAAAGAGGAUGGCAGCAGCAACAAGAAAAACAAACCGGUCAGAGGGGAAUCGGCGUUUUUGCGUGCGGCCAACGAGGCUGGUGUCAGGGUUGAGAGGUCGCCCAGGGGGAUGACGAGGAAUAAGCAGAAUAAGUCGAGGGUGCAUCCAAAACACAAGUGCCUGAGCUGGACGGUCGACUGGAUCCAUACCUGCGGCCGCGACACUGUUGUCCAAAACUACCUCGAGACCAUCACCAUCGGCCAGGCAUACGACCGCGCGUAUCCUCCAGCAAAUAACGAAACUACUUCUUUGCCAGACAAAAAAGAAACCGAAUUCCCACCUUAUCGCAACGUCUACUUCUACAUCCGCCGAAACGCAUAUCACCACAUCGUGCUCGCGCCGCUGCAUCCCGAUACCACUCUCGCAGACGCCCUGCGCGGUCGCACCGUAUACGAGCAUCCCAGGCUGUACGUGUUGCCCAAUUCGCCUACGGAUAUCGAGAAUGGCGAUGUGGACGAUGAGUCGACUAUACUAGAAAAAACAUGGCUGCGUGAUCAUUCUCCUGAAACAGAGUCGGACAAAAAUGACGAGGACGAUUUUACUAGUAGCGAGGGGUCUUCUUCUGAAGAGUCUGAGGAGGAUGACGAGAGUGAGAGUGAAGUUUCACUUUCAGAUCCGAAACUAGAGCCGGUCGAAGCAAAGCUAGGCUGA